GGACAGGAAAAAAUAAAACAUCUUAAAUAGCGAAUAGAUAUAGUAUUUUAUUUUAUACCAUUUUACCACCAAUCCUGCUACUACGGAAGAUAUAAGCUUAAGGAUGCUUAUGAUCGUCACCACGUCGGACGGAUCUGAUUUGAAGAAUACGUAUAGUACUACCAUCGAUACUAUGUCAUUAUCAACGUUCUAUCUAGCCAUAGAGAUGAUCAAUAAUCUAGUAAGAGAUGAAAUUACCUUCGGCACACCCUAGAAACUGCAAUAGAACACACACUUAUAUGUACUUACACAGUCAGAAUUUUCGCGUCCCCUUAUUAGUAAAUUUGACAGCCCAUCUUACUUGGCGACAUCGUUCAUCGAAAUGGCAGUUUGUAUACCGGGGUACACGGAAUGCCACACAACCGACGAGAGGAAAGCCGCAUCAAUUGAUAAAGAUAAUUGGUGGGUGGCUGAAAAGUAUGCAUUGGGUAUAGCAAUGGGUUAUACAGCUAUACUCAUAAUAGUAAUCAUUGUUCAAUAUGUCAAAUACUUAUCGUUCUCGAAAAGAAUGAUGAGGGGCACGUCUCUUGGCUUUUUCAAUAGAAUAGCGGCGUUUUGUCGUGCGAUGCACUACAAUCGUCUUAGACUUGGUGGCUUUUACUUUCCAUAUACUUUCCCAAUGCUCUUGUUGUCAUUUUUCUUUAUCUGGACAACAGUGUGGUCAUUUGCAGUUUUCCCAUACUAUCGAGCGGGCAUAGAAUGGGGAUCACCACCUCUAGGCGUCAGAUCAGGCUGGAUGGCACUCGGUUUGAUCGUCCCUGUUUUCGCUAUGGGUUCACGUGUAAACCCAAUCAGUUUUCUUACAGGAAUCAGUCAUGAGCGUCUACAAGUGUAUCACCAAUAUGGCGCACAAAUAAUACUUUUCUUGUCAGUAGUUCACACCAUUCCUUUUAUAAUCGAACCUUAUCAACAAGGAUAUCAGCUUGGGGGCACAAAAUUGGCUAGAUUCUUCCUCAAGAAGUACUACGAUGGAACUGAACAAUUCUGGAAUGGCAUACCACCAUUAGUUGCACUCAUUUGGAUUGUGAUUUCAAGUAUGGGAUAUUUCAGAAAAUUGAAUUACGAGUUCUUUGUUAUACAACAUGUCGUUUCAACAAUAUUCUUUCUUGUUUGGAUGUUCAUCCACGUUGAUGUUAUGUACCCGGCAACAUGGCAUCAUAUGUUUAUGGCCACUGGUGUACUUAUCUGGUCAUGGGUUGGCAGAAUACUCAUAACAUUCUGGGCUAAUGAGUUCAAAUGGCAUGAUGCCCAACUUCACUCCCAUGCGGAUGAUAUUGUUAGAUUACGCAUAAUCACUCCACUUAGAUGGAAGCCAGCUCAAAAUAUUUACCUUCGUUUUCCGACUAUCAACAUAAUUGAAAGUCAUCCGUUUACUAUUUCUUCGAUUCCAUCACUUGAUGUGCAUAGUAAUUCUAACAUAAUGCAAUUGCUUCUGCGAGGCAAAAAAGGUAUCACUGGUAAACUCAACUCGAAGGCACAAUCUGGGAAACAAACCAUACCAGUUUUAAUUGAUGGACCGUACGGUGGUUUGCCAACCCCGUUAGAUGGAUACUCUCGCGUACUCUUGCUAAGUGGAGGAACUGGUGUUAAUGCCAAUAUCAGUAUUUUGCUCGAUCUGAUGAGAAAGAUGGAAAGAUCAGAGACUUUGAUCGAAUAUAUUGAUUUCAUAUGGACAAUCAGAUCGACUGAGUCCCUUGAUUGGUUCAGUCAGACAUUCAAGCAGUUGUCUAGUUACACAAGCUUCGAUAAUCUGAAUAUCACUAUUCACAUCACUGGUAACGCCGACGUUGAGAAGGAAUUGGUACAUGACGACAAAUUCUACAGCUUUGUCAAAGGAAGGCCCGAUGUGAAGAGCAUCAUAAGGAAUACUUCUGCUGCUGCCCAAGGUGGUGAUCUUGCAGUAUCUGUUUGUGGACCAGGCGAUUUCAUGUUUGAUACAAUGAAUGAGUGCUCCUCAAUUGAGCUCAAGAUAGCUACUGGAGAUGAAAAUCUCCCGAGACGACUUUUUGCACACUCUGAGAGUUACGAUUGGUGAAAUAAAUAGACUCAAGGAUUUUUUUGGAAUAAUUUCUUUUCGAACUUUUGUAUAAUUUAGACACACAAUCAUGCAUAUAGAUUAUGC